AUGCAGCCGUGGUCGCUAUCGAAAAGAUCACAGGUUCUUAUCGGUAUAAGAUACCUAUGUUCUAAUUCCCAUCAAGUGGUCCUAUCUGAUACCAUGGGAUGCUGUCAAAAAACAGUGUCAAACAUUGUCACCAGAUUCGUAAACGCUUUAAAUCAUCCACGAAUCAUCAGACGAUACAUCGUCUUCAAACCUCACGAUCCUAUUUGGUGUCGAAGACGUGCAAACGAGUUCGCGCGAUUGGGUCGUUUUGUUAACAUUGUUGGAUGUGUGGAUGGGACGCUUGUCCCAAUACGAGCCCCCACAGUGGACGGUUUUCAGUAUAUGAGCCGUAAGGGCUACACCUGUCUAAAUGUGUGCUUGAUUUGCGACGCAAGGGGCUAUAUCCGAUACGUGAACGCCGGAUUCCCGGGGUCCGUGCAUGACUCCUACGUUUGGAGUCAAUCGGAAGCGGGUAGAAUGUUUAGGGAGCGUAGAACAGUCGAAGGAUACGCUGUCCUAGGUGACAGCGGUUAUGCAAACGGUGGAGGAAUUAUGGCCCCCUAUAGGCCAAGCAGUGUUCGCGGCGAUCAAAGAAAGGUCGCAUUCAACCGCGAACACUGCAAGAUUCGCUCCACCGUAGAAAUGACUAUUGGAAGAUUAAAAAGACGAUUUUGCAUUCUCGACGAUCUACGCGUAGAUCCAGACAAAGGCGUUAAAAUUAUUAUUGCAUGUUCUGUACUGCAUAAUAUUUCAAUGCUUUUAAAUGCAACUAGCAGGCGGCUAUUAGGGAGGCGGAGGGGACGAAUGCCCCAUCCGCCUCCCGGAGAGGAUCUGCGUACCUACGUAAUGGAGAGGUUAUAAUA